AUGAGUGAGCCAGUCUAUAAUGCCUCGACACCCAAAGGGGGUGAUCCGACCAAAGUUGAUGUGAAUGCACAGUAUGCCGGAUUCGAGUAUCACUACGUUUAUAUCGUGGCCUGCAGCUUUGUUGUCUGGCUUAUCUUGCCUGGAAUCGGUCUACUUUACAGUGGUUUAGCACGCCGGAAAUCUGCCUUGGCUCUGCUUUUCCAGUCCUGGAUGGUCCUUGCAGUGGACGGUGGCCCAUUCAUUGGUACUCUCAAGAACUUUGGAAUGAGGGAUGUCCUUGUUGCACCGUCCCCGGGUUCUGCAGUACUUCCUGAAAUUGUGUUUUGCCUGUACCAGCUGCUUUUCUGCGCCUGCACGGUGAUGAUUGUCAUCGGUGGGGCCUUUGAACGUGGAAAUAUCCUGCCAUCGUUGAUAUUCAGCUUCUUCUGGGCCACACUCGUCUACUGCCCGUUGGCGCGGUGGACAUGGAGCAGCCACGGCUGGCUUUAUAAUCUUCCAGCUUUAGAUUUCGCCGGUGGUGGCCCUGUUCACAUUGCUUCCGGCUGGGCUGCCCUGGCCUACGCAAUGGUGUUGGGAAAGCGAAAGGAUCAUGGCAUGGUUUCGUUGUGCAAACCUCAUAACACGACUUUGGUCUUCAUCGGGACCGUCCUGAUCUGCUGCGGGUGGCUGGGAUUCAAUGGCGGUUCAACUCUCAAUGCUAGUGUGCGUUCUAUGAUGGUCGUCUUCAACACUAAUACAGCAGCGAGCACAGGCAUCUUAGGAUGGACUAUUGUUGAUUACAUCAAACACAAGCGGAAAUUCUCCGUAGUUGGAGCCUGCGAAGGAGCCAUUGCUGGUCUGGUGGGCAUCACCCCGGCCGCCGGGUUCGUGUCCGUUUGGCUAGCAGCGUGUAUUGGGUUCAUCACCGGCAUUGUGUGCUCGCUCAUGCAGAAUAUCAACGACUGGCUGAAAAUUGACGAGGGCAUGGAUGUAUUCAAGCUCCAUGGUGUGGGUGGCAUCGUCGGCGCGUUCCUGACGGGUCUGUUUGCAACUGAGGAUAUCUCGUCACUUGAUGGUUUCACCUUCUCAAGUGGAGCGAUCGACGGAAAUGGAAUCCAAGUUGGCUACCAACUGGCUGAAAUCUGCGCCAUCUCGGGUUACUCGUUCGUGGUCUCCUGCGUCUUGCUAUACAUUCUCAAAUUCAUCCCGGGAAUGAACUUGCGAGUCGAUGAAGAAUCCGAAAUGAUGGGACUUGACCAGGCGCAGCUUUUUGACGAACAGAUUGGAGACUGGAGCUUAGUGCACAACAACUCCUUUCCGGUGACAACCCCAACCAUUAUCGGGGUUUCGAACCAGUCAUCAGUUUCGACGGAUGAAACUCACGCGGGGAAAGCAAUGUAG